GACCAGGUCUAUGGCGCUUUCCGGCGAAGAUGCUGAAGCGUCCAGGGGUGAUAAAAGUGGUUGCGGAGGUGGUCCGGAAGCAUCGUGAAGGAGGCAGCGGAGACUUCGACCGGCUAACUAGGAGCUUGACUGCGCAACUGCGGAAGUAUGAUAAAGAGGAGAAAAGGCGGGUGAAGGUCACGACGCGUAUUCUGGAGGAGCAAGUAGAACGGUUACAACAUCAGGCGAUGGCGAAUCCAUACGAUGAUGAGGCGCAGGCGUUGUUGACCAGUAGAGAGGCGAUGCUGCAAAGAUACUGGGACGGGAGGAGGAAUUUUAUGCAGUUAAGAGCCGGAUUAAAAGUGCAGUUGGAUGGGGAAGCACCAACAAGCUUCCUGACAGCGCUGGUCAAAAGCAGAAAGGCAAGAACGGGGAUUAAAGAGCUGGUGAGGAAUGGAGUCAGUCAUACGGAGGCUCGGGAAAUACUGGAAGCGGCGACAAGUCAUUUUGCGGAAGUCUUUGACGACGUGCCGGCAAAAGGAGCUGAGCCAGAGCUGGACUGGACGCCAAGGAAGAAGUUGGACGUGGUGGUCGCAGAGGGCCUGGAGAGGGAUUGGUCGGAACAGGAGGUUAAGCAGGCGCUCCAAGAGUUAGCCAAUGAUAAGUCGCCGGGACGUGAUGGUUUACCUAAGGAACUGUUUCAAAGGCACUGGGAGUUGCUGCGUGAGCCAAUGAUGAAGAUGAUCAAGGACUUCGUUGGGUCGGGAAAGUUGCCUGAUGUGGCAAACAAGGCGGUCACGAUUUUGCUGUACAAGAAGGGGGCUGAGACGGAUAUUAAGAAUUACAGACCGAUCACGCUGCUUUCAGGGGUAUACAAACUCCUGGCGAAAGUGGUGGCGACAAGGAUGAAGGCGGUGUUGGGCCAGGUUAUAUCAAAGGAGCAGUACGGUUUUCUUCCUGGGAGAAGGCUGUCAGAUGCAGUAUCGAUGGUGGCAGACAUGAUAGAGGCAGGGCGAAAUGGGAACAACGACUGGUACUUACUGUUGAUUGACUUUGAGAAGGCGUACGACUCUGUACGCAGGGGCUUCAUGGUUGAGACGGUAGCAGAGCUCGGCUUCCCGCCAAAGUUCAUCAGGUGGAUAGAAGCCCUGCACAGUGACGUCCACACACGACUAUGCGUUAACGGAUGGGUAGGGGAGCAGAUCUCGAUGAAAAAAGGGGUGCGGCAGGGGUGUCCAUUGGCACCGUACCUUUUCUUGUGUGCGGUAGAGCCGUUGUGUCGACUUGCGGAGAGAAGGGGACUGGGGAUCGGAGAAGGUGGCUGUGACAGGCUGUCGUAUGUGGGGUACGCAGACGAUACGACCUUGUUGCUGGAAGGAGAGCAGCAGCUGAAGGAUGCGGGUGUGAUGUUGCAAGAGUUUGCGGAGGCGUCAGGACUGAGGGUGAACAAAGGAAAAUCCGCGGUCCUGCCGUUGGGAAGAAAUGUGGGGUCACAGGCGCCGCAUGGUACGGAGUACAAGUGGGUGGGGGCAAAUGAAGCUGAAAGGCUGCUGGGGGUAUGGAUAUCUCCCGGGGGCGAUGCAGAGGCAACGUGGGGAAAAGCCUUUGACAGAGCAGCGGGAGAGCUGAGCAAGUGGAGCACCAAGUACCUUACGACUGGAGGGCGAGUGACCAUUAUCAACAGCUAUGUUCUGCCGAUCUUCCUCUUUCAGGCGCAGGUCUAUCCGCCGGACGACUUGCUGUGGCGAAGGGUAGAGAAGCUGGUUGAAAAUUUUGUGUCUGGGAACCAUGCAGACACUGAGCGGCACUUCAGGCUCUGGAGUGGGGACCUGAUAUACACGACGAGAGAGCAAGGGGGUUUGGGGGUUUUAGGUCCAAGAGGAAGGGUUGACGGUGUGGCAUUAAGGUGCGCGGGACUGGUGCUGAAGCAAGAGUGUUCACUGAGACGGGGCUUGUCGGAGAGAGCGGCGGGCUUACCUCUCGGAUGGGCGACGCUGUAUGCGCACAAGGCGGUGCUGAAAGGGGGGCUGAUUAAAAGCCGAAGGUGGGCGAGGCUGUGUAAAAUAGUCCUGAAAUCAACGAUGGUGGAGGUACCAGAAGUGGCAUCAAGAUGGGAGGCAGAGGGGGAGUUUCUGUGCUACAACAAAAGCAUUAUCCAUCGUGGCAACGCCCCUUUUGGCGGGCAGAAGGGCACGGAGAAGCUAAGAACAUGGCGUAUGAGCGACAUGGUACUGAGGAAAUGGGACGGGACAAGGACGAUCAAGCCGGAGGUGUUGUUGGUUAGGGAGUUGGGAGGAAAAAAGGAGGCGGAGAUGGCACUAAAGGCGUUUAAUGCGGCACCGGAGCGGUGGCGACAGUGGGUACUGACGCCGAUGACAGCGGAAGAGGUUGCAGCUGAGUCAUCGUUGGUCAGCACCAGACUCCCAGGUGGGCAGAGGUGUCUCUGGGAAAUCUGCAACAAGCUGGGUAGGAAGGUGGAGCUUCGGGGGCUCAGCGGCAAAGGGGAGCGCAUGGCAUGGGAUGUGAAGAUAGUACUUUGCUGCGACAGUGUGGUGCCGACGAAAUUGUCGAACAAACGGGCGAUACGGGAAGCUGGAGACCCAAGGGUGCGGUUGCUCAACUCGAAGCUAUUCAGAGAUGAGGAGGUGGCUUCAGUCAGGGAGCUCAAGGAGCCAAAUAAGGGGGCAGAGGCGGUGGAGGUGAAAAGGCAAGACUGGGAGGCUCGUGCAGACAAGAAAGUUGACUGGGAGAGGAGCAGGAAGAUACGGGACUCUCUGGUCGUUCCGGCCAGAGCGAGAGAUGUGCUCCUCCGAGUGCACAACCUCAAUCUACAGGUGGGGGAGAGGGUCCCUUUCGUGAAAAGUGGGGUGGCAUGCCCGAACUGUGGGCAGGUGGAGACUUUGGAGCACUGUUUGCUUGAAUGCAGGAGUGUAACACCAGUGGUUCGAGCUGUCAAAUCGGCGCUCAACAUGAUGCAGCCAAAGAGGCAGGUGGACAGGCUGGCAGACCUCGUUUUCGGGGAAGAAGGGACAAAAUCCGGCUUUCCCGAGGCUACUAUGGUGGCAGUGGCGAUGCACCAGGUGUGGCUGGGAAGGUGCGAGGUGUCGCUUCGCAAAGUGAAGAAAUUUCAGGCACGGAAGGUGCUCCGGAGGAUUAACGUUGAGUUCAACAAGCAUGUGAGAAUCUACUGUGGCAAACCGAGCAGGAAGGCUAGGAAGGAUAAGGCGAGGUGGAACUUGGCGGAGGAUGAGGCACGUGUCAUGCGGCGGAUAUGUGACAACGAGGCGGUGGGCCUGAAGUGGCAGGGUAGCUUUCAGUCCAUCUGGACGAACCCGAGAACUUUUGUGAAACCCCCGUAA